AUGUCUGGACAGAAGAUUUGGCUGCGCGCUGAAACCAAGCCCGCUGAGGCUCGCUCCGCCUUGACCCCAACCACUUGCAAGGCUUUGAUUGAUGCAGGAUACGAUGUGACCGUUGAGCGGUCAACGCAGCGUAUUUUCGACGAUGAGGAAUUCGCCAAGAUUGGAGCUCCUCUUGUCGAGGAAGGCUCGUGGGUCAAGGAUGCGCCCAAAGAUGCAGUGAUUCUGGGUCUCAAGGAACUACCGGAGGACGACUUUCCUUUAGAGCACGUUCACGUCACAUUUGCACACUGCUACAAGCAGCAAGGUGGAUGGGAGAACGUGCUCAGCCGUUGGCAUCGGGGAAAGGGUCUCCUGCUGGAUCUGGAGUUCCUCACCGAUGAGUCAGGCCGCCGUGUGGCUGCUUUUGGUUUCUCCGCUGGCUAUGCCGGCUCUGCUUUGGCGAUCAAGAACUGGGCCUGGCAACUGACUCACCCCGAAGGCGAGUCUCUCCCUGGUGAGGUUCCUUACGCCAACCAGGAUCUCCUGAUCGCUUCCGUCAAGGAGAGUGUGGAGGCUGGUAAGAAGGUUGCGGGCCACUAUCCUAAGAUUCUUGUCAUUGGAGCGCUGGGUCGCUGUGGCAAGGGUGCCGUGCAGUUGGCCAAGGACGUUGGUGUCCCCGAAUCGAACAUUAUCCAGUGGGAUAUGGCAGAGACUGCCAAGGGUGGCCCAUUCAACGAGAUCAUUGAGAGCGAUAUUUUCGUCAACUGCAUCUACCUAAGCUCCCCCAUUCCUCCUUUUGUCAACACCGAAACUCUCUCGACUCCCAGCCGCAAGCUUUCUGUCGUCUGCGACGUCAGUGCCGACACCACCAACCCCCACAACCCUAUUCCAAUUUACGACAUCACCACGACCUUUGACAAGCCGACAGUACCCGUCCAGCUGCCGGCCAGCACCCAGGGACCUCCCCUGAGCGUGAUUAGCAUUGACCAUCUGCCCUCUUUGCUUCCCCGUGAAAGUUCGGAGCAGUUCAGUCAGGCCCUUCUGCCCAGCCUGCUUCAGCUGAAGGACCGCAAGUCUGCGCGCGUUUGGGUGCAGGCUGAGGACCUUUUCAAUGAGAAGGUUGCCACGCUGCCCGCAUCCCUCCGUGCCUAA